GAGCCUGCAGCAGAGCGGGUGUGAGUGUAUGGGCGAGCAAAUGCACAAAGAAGUGGGAAACCUUCCAGUUUUCCCCUUGAAAGGGAAAGGACAGAAGCUGGGGGCUUGCAGAAUUAGACUUCUGCUCACUAUCGGUGACCCCCAAAGUGGGAGGAUGCUCAAGCCAUAGUCAUUCGUCUAAAAUCAAGCUGGUUAAGACUGCAGACCGUGUGACAUUCUCCAGAAUUUGAGGAUUUAACCCAAAGAUCAUGCCAGGGUUGUACUGCUUGCCCUCUUGGACUGCCCUACCUCUACAGAGCUCAUGUGUGAAGGCCUGUGCCAAUGGCUAUACCUUGGGCAUCACUGCCAGCCUUACUUACAUCAAUCUGGAGCAGCAACCUGUGGAAGGAGUAUUCGUCUAUCCCUUGGAGGAGUCCGAGGUCAUCUCAAGCUUUGAAGCAAAGACAGGAAACAGAACCUCCACCUUCCAGAUCCAGACCCGGCCUCCAGUGGAUGACUGCUGCCUUGACUGUAACACGAAUUGCAACCAGCCACUCCGCUGCAGUAACGGACACUUGAUCCUUGAUGGAGACCAGGCACGGUCUACUUUCAUCGUCAGCACGGGCCUCAUUGAGCCUUCAGAAACACUGACUGUGCUCUUCAGCAGCAGCCAGGAGCUGGCAACCCUGCCCAAUGGUGCCAUGCAUGUCUUCUUCCCAUCUGUCCUCAUGCCUUUAGUCGUAGCCGUGCCCGAAAGUGAAAGUGAAACGAGAAGCUUGUGUGACGACAGCUCCACGAGUUGCUUUGGCUCGGCUAGUCUGAAGAGUGACCCAUCUUUUCAUACGCCUCCCAACGACCCUGACAUCUUCAGAGGUGACGUUUACAAUCCCUUCCCCUAUGAGUUCAACUUCGAGAUGCUGGUUAAUGGACCGUGUUUGCUGGCAGGACUAGAAAGCCCAUCUCACGUUCUUCGAGCUGAUGCCAAUCCAUACGCCAAUUCAGCAUCAACGAUAUGCAUUACCUUGGCAGAUAAGCACAGUUAUGACAAGAACCUGGAAAUCAUCUUGCAUCCUUCUGAACCUCAUCAUCCUCACCUAAUCAUUGAAGAUGGGGCCAUGACUUACGGCGAAUAUGAGGCACAGAUAAGGAACCGCUGGGAUUAUGCACGGAUUGCCAAAAAAGACAGUGAUGGAGAGAGGCAGGUUGCCUUUGUCCAGAAGAGAUUCCACAAAGACCUUUUCUACAAUCCUGUCCUGAUGCUGAAUUUCUGCCCCAAGAUAAGCAGCGUUUCUACUGACAUUCAGACGGUGACCAGGGACAUCAUCUUCCUCAUUGACCAGACGGGAAGCGCAAGUGGCUCCAGCAUUGAUGGGAUCAAAGAUGCUCUGGUAGUGGCCAUAAAGAGCCUCCCUUCCAGCAGCUUGUUGAACGUGGCAGGCUUUGGCCCCAACAUCAGGCCUGCCUUCAAGACGAGCAAGCCUUGUAAUAGUGACAUCCUUAGGCUGGCCUGCGAAUAUAUUCAGAAGCUCCGGGCUGAUGUGAGCGGGACCAGCCUCCUUGCUGCUCUGAAUUGGAGUUUGGGACAGCCUCUCCACCGUGGAUAUCCACGGCAGCUAUUUAUCCUGAUGGAUUCCAGCGUAGAAAACCCAGGCAAGGUUGUUGAGCUUGUCAGGAGACAAGCAAGCACUGUCAGGUGUUUCACGUUUGGCCUGGGCUCUGCUGCCUGCCAUCAGCUCCUCAGGAGAUUGGCCAAAGUUAGCAGAGGUCAGGCAGAAUUCCUCAGCCCAGGGGAAAGGUUGCAUCCUAAGCUGAUAAAGUCUUUGAAAAAAGCCAUCGAGCCAGCUGUGAGUGACAUCACCAUCGACUGGUACGUGCCUGACACCAUGGAGGCCCUGCUGUCACCCAACGAGAUUGCGACCCUUUAUCCCGGAGACCGGCUCAUCAGCUACUGCACCCUUUACCACAUUGCCAGCUUCCGGGACAAGAAAGCAACAGGCCGAGAGCAAAUCUGUCGAAGUUUCUCUAGAGGAUCUGCAGGGCCGGCCUUUCCAUCCCAGGAGGAAGUAGAAGGACACGAUGGAGCCCUCCUCCCACCUUCAGCUGGAGAUUAUCUGGAGCGUUGCAAGGGCCUCCGUGACGUUUCCCAGGAAAUGAAGUUUUCACCUGGGGACACCGACGAGUCUAUGAAGAGUGGAGAGCCAGUGUCUGGAGGAGAUAUCUGGAAGCGGAUUUACCAGCCUUCCUACAUCCAGGAGCAAUAUGUGCUUACUCACUGCUCAGUCAGCACCGACCCUAGCCAAGCCUUAUGCCACAGCUCUACCAGCAGUGAGUCUACCGGCUCCAGAGAUGUAGCUCCGGAGGAAGGCUCCUUAGCCCAGACUCUUGAAAGCACCUCUCAGCAAGGACAAAAGAGUGUGUCUCUUUGCAACUCUUCCACUAAGUCUGCACCGGUAACCCAAACUCAAACUGGGCCUACAGCUAAGGCAUCCGUUGCCCUGAGUUCUGAAGAGUUGAUGCGUAAGAAGAAAGCCCUGGCCCGGACUGCCAUGUCUGGACGUAGUUUCUCUUCCCCGCACGGCGAGUUGGAUGCCCAUCGGCUGCGCCGAGCCCUGGAGAAAGUAUCCCAGAAACCCAAUCGGUCUCUGGAAGGGAAGCUGGAUGAGAUCGGGCCUGAACUGCAGAAGAUGCCCAAGGCUGCUGCUGAUUCCAGCAACUUGCUGUCACCUGCCCAUCUCGACUGGGACAUGCUGUUGGAGCCCUCUUACCUUUUCAGCCCAUCACCAGCCUUGGAGCAAGGAACGGCCGAUGGCAACCCCUUGCCUCCUCUCCAGUGCCAGGUGGUGAUCCAUGCCCUCAGUGCAGGCAAGCCUGUCUCCUGGGAGGUGAUCUGUGGCCUGGAUUCUUUGUUCCUCCCCAAAGACAGCCAGGGACAUUCCCACGGACAGCCGCCGCCGCUAAACACGGGAUUGGAGAAGCUACUUCACCGCCUGACUGCUGCCUCCGUUAUCCGGGAUAAUGAGACUGUGGCGCAAAGAGAAGCAGAAGUGGAACACGGUUUCUUCCGAAGGUUCCGUCUUAAAGCUGUGCAGUCAAGCAAAGCUUGCAAUCUCCCGUCCAUGUUUACCUCCGCGGUGCCUGUAGACUCUUCCACGAAGGAGACCUUGCCUUUCGCACUUCAGGUUCGCAGCACAGACAGUGUAAACAGCCAUCAGAAAGGAUCCCAUUUAGUCAAUCAACGUCAUCAGAGUUAUUCCCUAAGCCUGGGGCAGAGACCGGAUUCUCAGGACUUGGAUGAUGCCCUUGUUCCUGCAGAACAAGAAGUUCCUCCUUCACCAGUCAGUGUUUCUUCAGCCACCCAAACCAGGCCAAGCUGUCCUAGUGGAGCCAGCUCCAGUCCUUCUCCUGUUUCCGAAGGCUCUCUGAAGUCUAUUGAGAGUUUCCUAAGCCGCAGACUCAGUGGCCAGCGGAGACGCCAAGGCUUAGCUCUACGCCCACAGUGCCUGAGCCCAGAAAGCGAACUGUCCUCAGGUUGCGACGGUGCCAUUCACGACUACCUCCCUCUGGUGCAGCUGCAGCAGGCCCCAGGCAUGUUCCACCUGAACGAGGCCUUCUCCGAAGCGGUGCAGAUCCCCUUGGACCGCUUGUGCAGGGCCUCUCCUUAUCCCUCCCACCGGGCCAGCCUCAGCCCUGCCUCCAGCACCUCUCCGUGGGCUCUGAUCGCCAAGAACCCCCCAAAGCCACCAGCAAACCAGCCUCCCGCAGAAGCCGAUGAAGAGAGUGUCAGGACAAGCAAAGAGCAGGUGAUGGAACCGGACUCCCCACACUCCCCCAGUACCUGCUCAGACGUCCUGAGUGCCGUCGUGUGGGCCCAGGCUGACAGCGGAAGAGGCUCGGAAACCGACGCCUGCGACCAUUCGCCCGACGCUUCGGAAGCCAGCCUCAGCCUGCAGGAGGCAGGGAUAGAGGCGGAGGAGGGCGAUUUAGAGAGCGCAAGCUGGGCCACAGCUGUGGCCCUGGCGUGGCUCGAGCAUCGCUGCGCUGGCUUUUUUGUGGAAUGGGAGCUGCUGGCGGCUAAAGCGGAUUCCUGGCUGCGUGGUCAGCAGCUGCCCGAAGGCCUGGAUGUGGCCGCCCUGAAAGGAGCAGCCCGCCAACUUUUCCUGCUGCUCCGCCACUGGGACGAAAACAUCAAGCUGAACAUGUUGUGCUACAAUCCGAAUAACAUGUGACGAGUCAGGCCAGGCUGUCACUUUCACCAGGGCAAUAAAGAGGAAGGGAUUCCAGAGUCUCUAUUGCUGAGGAGGUUCUUUCACGGGCUGGGAAUGAAGUAGAAUUUUGCUGAUGGUGGAGAGCUUCAAGAAACAUUCAAGGCCGCUCUCAACCCCCAUUUGGUGUGCCGCUUUAUUAAAGGUGUAAAAUUGAAGUACAGGUAGUCCUCGACUUAUGACGACCGAGCCCAACAUUUCCGUUGCUAAGCAAGGCACUUGUAUUAAGUAAGUUUUCUCCUCUUUUACUAUCUUCCUAGCCACAGUUGUUAAGUGAAUCACUACAGGCAUUAAGUUAGUAACUAUUCUGACCUAGGCUCCCUUAGAAAUUAAACAGCACAAACUUAGUCUCAGCAAUCCUCUUUAAUUCGUACGGCCGUAAAUUACUUUCACUUACAGUCCGCAAGGCUUGAUAAACAGUCUUUCAGAGGAAGGUUAGCAACACCCACCUGUCUCACAUGGAGAGCUGAUUUCCAGACGCAGGGCAAGGCCAAACUUGGCAGAGUCACAAACAGAAUUUUCAAAUCUUGACUCGGCCAGAUGAACUAAUUGCUUCUUUCAAAGGCUCACAUCCCGUUCGCUUCUCUUUUAUGUCUUAUCGGAGGGGCCAAUCAUCUCCAAGCGUUACUCCCAAGUCGACCCUGUUUCCUCGAUUGUUCCUGUUUCCUGGCAGCUCUGCGCAUGUGCACACUGGGAACAGGCUCACACUGUUCUUCUGCCUCGCUGAUGUCAGACUCCGGAGGCAGCAAAGAAAUACCAGCUGGCCUUGGCCCCCUCUCUGCCCCGACUCAGAGCCAUCGUCCAAGCCUUCCCCAGAUUCCACGACUGGCCCACGUUCCUCCCCAACCUCCGCUGGCGGGCCACAACAGUAACACUGUUAUUAAGUGAAUCUGGCCUCCACUCCCCACUGACUUUGCUUGUCAGAAGGUCAUAAAGGGUGAUCACAUGACCCCAGGACACUGCAACCAUCACAAAUACAAACCAAAGGUUUCCAAGGGUCCGAAUUUUGAUCAUGCGACUGUGGGGAGGCUGCAACGGUUCUGUGAAAAACGGAGAGAAGUCACUUUUUUCAGUGCCCUUCUACCUUUGAGUGGUCCCCCAAGUGGAUGAUUAAAAGUCAAGGGCUACCUGUUUUUUAGGGACUAAGAGCGGAUUAGGAUUACUUGACAUAAAAAUUGUCGUCCGCUCUCCACAAUCUGCCCUUUCGUGUGAUUUCGGGACAGAAAAGAUUUGUAUACGACAUCCGUAGGCUUGACAAGCACGCUGGAAAAGAUCACUCUCGAAUCUUUUUAGCAGAUCUUUUUAGCAGUCAACCCAAUCUGAAGAGUUUGCCGAAUGGAAGAAAUGUGUAACUACACCUGUUACCCUUCAGAGGCUAUAAGAGAGCCUCCAUGCUGAACCAAAUCACUGACCCAGCUUACCACGUCGUUCUCUUUCUGAUGACACAUCUCCUGGGCAUUCAUCCAACUCUCAACAGCACCCUCAAAGGAUGCCAGAAUUCCUCCUAGAACCGUGAUGGCGAACCUAUGCCACCUGUGGGAUGCAGAACCAUAUCUGGGGGCACGCGAGCUUUGCCCUAGCUCAGCUCCAGCACGCAGGCAUGUGCUGGCCAGCUGAUUUUCGGGCCUUCUGGGCCUACCGGAAGUCAGGAAACGAGCUGUUUCUGGCCUCCAGAGGGCUCCCGGGAGGGGUGGGGAGGUGGGGAGGCCAUUUUCAUCCUCCCCAGGCUCCAAGAAAGCCUCUGGAGCCUGGGGAGGGCGAAAAACAGGCCUCCUGGGCCCAGCAUGCCAUCGCGUGCCAAAAGCGGGGGGAGCGCGGGGGGCUAUGCACGCAUGUGCAGGGGGCAGGGCACAUUGAAUUAUAGGUGUGGGCAUACGCACGUGUGACACACACCCCCCCAUGUCCCCCCACUUUUGGCACACGAUGGUUAGCGAUCACUGUCCUAGAACCUCUUCAUUUAAAGAUGGCCUCUGGUGCUUCAUGACCCAGUCCUUAUUUACGGUAGUUUCCUGAUCAGGGCACGAGAGUCAUCAACAUUAGAUGGCUUCCUAUUACAAUAUGGGUAGCCCUCCUUUAGCAACUGCCUCAGGUAGCGACCGUUCGAAAUAAUGUCAGUAAUAAAGGGUAGCAGUCUUCAGCCACUGUGCCCAUUUACGACAACAAAAGCCUUCGGUUUGAAACCGAUUUAAGACCUAGUCAGUUUCAGGCGGCAUCUCCAGCUGUUCAGAAGCUGUUUUAGAAACCUCCAAAGGUUUCUAAAAGUUCAGCUCAACUGGCUUUUAGUAUGUUUUUUUGAGGGAAAUCCUCAGCUGUGGAGAAAAGCAGCUCAGGAAGCAAGAGCUUGCUUGUUUAAUCUCUCCACCCUGUGAGGGGGAAAAGAAAAGGGGGAAGGGAGGGGAAACGGGCAGCGGUGGGUUUCACGUAUUCUUACCGCUGGUUCGCCUCACCAGCACACGCUCGCCUCUCGCGCGCGCGCCUUCCGCACAUGUGCCUUGCCUCAAAAACAUGGCUAAAUAGGAUGUCUUUAUACCGAAGUGGAUGGUUGGGCCCAUCCGCGAUGACUGCUACCGGUUCGCCUGAACCGGUAGGUACCGACUGAAUACCACCACUGGAAACGGGUCAUGUCCUGUACAAGAAAACUUCUAUCUGAAUGAGAUGGCAGCAAGUAGCAGUUUUUGCAGUCUCUCUCUGACUCAUAUUAGUGACCAUUUCACUUAACGACCAAGUCCGACAUGGCAGUUCCCAUUGUCCUUGGGCUGUUCAAACAUGGGACUGGCACGCUAGGGAUGUUACAUACUUAUACACACGAGGGGAAUUUUCAAGGCAUUCCCGCACUUCUCCAGCAGCGCCAUCCUGAGCAUUAGCUUGCCAAUUGCUGAAUAUAGGUAGUCCUCGCCUUACAACAGUUUGUUUAGUGACCGUUCAAAGUUACAAUAGCACUAAAAAAAGUGACGACCGUUUUUCACACUUACGACCAUUGCAGCAUCCCCCAUGGUCACGUGAUCGAACGUCGGACACUUGGCAACUGACUCAUAGUUAUGACGGUUGCAGUGUCCUGGGGUCAUGCGAUCCCCUUUUGUGACCUUCCGACAAGCCAAGUCAUGGAAAAGCCAGGUUCACUUUAACAACCGUGUUACACUAACUUAACAACUGCAGUGAUUCACUUAACAACUGUGGCAAGAAAGGGGAUAAAAUGGAGCAAAAGUCACUUAACAAAUGUGUCAUUUUGGGCUCAAUUGUGGUCGUAAGUCGAGGACUACCUGUACUACAUGAUUUGCCACAGGGCAUCUUAUAAAAGCCUCGCUCCAACUUGUCACAAUUCAGGGCAAGAGUACUUAGUCCAUAUUAAAAAACCAAAAUCUCAAUUAUUUUUUUAAAAAAAAAACAGACUCUGGAGGCUAUCACGUCUUAUGUAUGGCACGCAUGGCCAAAGUGGCACACAAAGCCACGUCGCCUGGCAUGCGCAGCCUUGCCUGUCUGUCUUUUGGGUUUCUGGUGUGCAUGUGCGCGCGACAAUCAGCUGUCCGUGCGUGUGGCAGUGCCAAAAACCGGCGAGUAUAUGCGCGCUGGCCAGCUGAUUGUCAGAUGCACAUACGCACCAGAAGCUGAAAGUUCUGCUUUCCGGAGCGCGAUCCCUUCCUGCAUGGCAGUGCCGAAAACUGGCCUGCCCAUGCGCGCCAGCCAGCUGAUUGU